AUGGCUGAUAACGAAAUUUAUAUGGAAGAUAAUAGUGAAGUUUAUACGGAAGAUAACAGUGAAGUUGAAAACAGAAUGUAUGAUUUUUCCACAUUAAGCGUCGGUUACACAUUCCAAAAUUGGGAUGAUGUUGAUUCCUUUUUUGAAGCCUAUGGCCAGCAAUUUGGGUUUGCUAUUAUAAAAAAAAGGGUUGAACGUGAUAAUAAUAUCAUAAGAUAUAGGUCUUUAGGGUGUGAAUUUGGAGGGAAGUAUAGUCCAAAAAAGAAUAUUGAUAUUAAUACCCACUGCAAUCAAAAAUCAAAACGUCAAGGAUCCUUAUUGAUUGACUUUUUUGGUUUAGGAAAUAUGUACGAUCAAUUUGUUGGGGAAUUCUUUCAUUGUCGCAAUACUCUGAAUGAUACAUUAUUUGAAACAAGAUGGCAAAGGUUAUUACAAAAAUUUCUAUCCUCUGCAAGAGAAAUUGAUCAAUUAGAUGUGAUCUUUGCAAACAUAAAUGCAGCUCAAGUUCAACAAAAUCAAAUUACGCAAAUUGUCUCUAAGCCACUCAUUAUACCACAUUCAGUAUCAACAACAACACAGCUUGUGGUUGAAACUGAUGAUGAUGAAAUGAAACAAUGGCUGAGAGCAUUUAUUGAUCGAAAAAAAUGCUCUGCAACAAACAAUAAUAAUGAAAUGUCUAUUGACAAAGAAAAUGAUUUAGAAAUCGCAAAUCCACCAGUCACUAAACAUAAAAGUAGAUCUGAGACUAAGCAGUACAAGUCUGCAGUAGAAAAAGCACAUCGACAACCAUAUGCUUGUCGUGCAUGUGGUCAG